AUGGAUGCUCGUUCGGACGGAAGGAUGGCUCGGAAAGGACCAGAGCUCGAGCGCCAAGCUGGAGUGCGGACGGUGAAAUGGCGCGGAUGGAUCGGGGGGAGAGGUGGUGCGAACGCGGAUGCACAUAGCGAGGUGGAGAGAUGGAGUUGGCAGGGAGAUGCGAGGGAGUGCGGCGGGUGGGAGGAGAGCGCUGCCAAGGCUCUCGCGGGCCAGGACAAUGGGCCGUCGACAAUGGGCGACCGGCAAUGCGGCGGAGUCCGCGGCCCAUUUUGCGAGGGUUGGGGUUACGUCAAAGAACGCGCUGCCCCGAUUUGGGAUAUACAUAAACCAGUCGCCCGUCUGCCCUGCCCUCCUCCGCUGCGUCCCACCAUGCCUCCCUCCAUCGCGCACUCCCUCAACGACCCCGACCCCGACGACGUUGUCGACGACUUCCUCCUCUCCCACUCAGACGCACGCGUCCAUCGCUGGCUCGCAUCCCAGUACCACCUCUCCCCCCUCCGUCCCGACGCCGCCGCAGAACAUCUCGCACACGCCUAUGCUCACCACGCACCCCUCCGCGACUCCAAAAUCCUCCCCGACGACAACCUCGACGACCCCUUCUCUCUCCCACAUUCCCGCGAGAACCUCUCCCACGACAUCGCGUGUGACCCAUACGCUUUCUUCGCCCCUCCCGUCGCCCCGCUCCCCCAGGAGCUCGACGACCCGCUCUCGGACGCCGAACAUGACGCUCUCGACGAUCUUGUUCGCGAGAUGAACAGCUGGCGUGUCCCUGCCUCUCCGAACCCUCAUCUCGUUCCCGCCACGCGCUCUCGAGCGCCGUCUACCUCGGUCCAAUCUGACCGUGACAAGGUUUGUGUGUUCGUCUGCACCCCGCCCACGAUCAAUCACCUCUUUUCUCGACAGCCGUUACCCGCCGUACCCUCCCUUCCGCCGGGAGCCCUGUCCACCGCGUACACGUCCUCUGUCCCGUCCUCCCCCACUUCCGCACUCUUCUCCUCUCCGCCGUCAUCCCCUCACGCUCGCACACCAGCUCUCCCCCUCCCGCCUUCUCCCCCUCUUGCCCGUCGGCCUUCUCUUCAGAGACCCGACCAUGACAGCCCCGCCGCAUCCCCGCGCCGCCCUACACUCACCCUUACACCCGCCGCGUCGUACGCUUCUCUGCGCUCGCGCGCGCGUUCUUCCCGUUUUCCCUCCAUCUCCACAACCUUGUCCAUCCCUAUCGGCUCUGACAACUCACCUCCGCACGCGACGACCCCAGGUCUCUCGCACGCUGCGUCCAACGCGAGCAUUCGUCACGCGAUCUACAUUCCGGACCCCACAACCGUGACCCCCGUGACCCCGACGACCCCGACCCCGACGAUCAGCGACAGGACCCCGCCUCUUACCAAUGCCUCCUCCUUCGCGUCCUCUGUCGACGCGCCCAAUCCGCUUGCGCUCGGCUCGCAGUUGCACCUCGCGCCUUAUCCUCUCGAGGCGAGAGAGGGGAACAGGCUGAGCGUAUAUCCCAGCGGAGGCGCUGGCGCAUUCGAGGCGUCUAGAUGGAGCAUUGCAACUUCCGCGAACGGCGGAGCGGCCGGAGGAGGUUCGAGCGCUGCGGACCCGCCGAAGAGUCCGUCGAUACGGAAGCGAAUUCUAUCCUCCCUUGGCCUCGGCCCUGGCGUCAAGUCCACGGCAUCUUCGACGACGUUGGGCGACUCACUUGCGUCGCCGAGGAAAAGCGAGAGCGGGGGCAGGACCAGGAAGGUCAGCGAGAGUGGCAGUUGGCGCGAGAGCGAGAAGGAGAGGGAAAGCCGAAGUCCCACACAGCGCUCGAAGAAGCGCAGCUCGGCGUGGUCCAGACGGCGCGCGUCGCCGCCCCCGCCGCUGCCGACGACCCCGAUGUCGUCCACCAUGUCAGUCCCGAUGUCGCCCAUGUCGAUGAUCACGUCGAUGCCCAGUCCUGGGUUGUCCGCCACGUACUCUGGCAACUACGCGGGCUCCUAUGUGAGCUCGUACGCGUAUUCCGGCUCUUUUGGCGGCUCGCCGACGCCAUCGACGCUACUAUCGCCGUUGCCUUCCAUUCGGGAGCCUAUUACGCCGACCUUGACGCCCACCCCGAGCCCGAGCGCUAUGGAGCUCGAGUUUGGGGUGUUGGUGGAAGCUCCGGAGGGACAUCCGAAUGACAAUCGGAACGGGGAGGGGCAAGACACGGUGACGAGGCUUUCGUACGAGAAGCAGAAAGCAGCCGAGAAGGAGAGAGAGCGGGCCAAGGAUGCGCUCCCUGACGUGAGCGUCACGUCGACGCCGAGGAAGCGAAACCGCCUAUCUUGGGUUCCCCCUCGACGCUCCAACGCAGGGUCGACCACGGGGAGCACCGCAGGCACAGGCACUGCAUUGUCGAACCUCCAUCUUGGUGCUGGUCUCGGAAGCCUCACGCUGUCGAGCCUCGCAGGAGGGCGAAACAAAGGUGCGCGCGCACGCUCAAACUCCGGUUCUGCCACUGGCUCUGUAUGGAGCGCUGGGCGGAGUAGUAUCGGGCUUGGGAGAAGUAAAGUUCGUGGUAUUGGAGGGAGCAGUGGGAAGAGGUUGGUGGUCAACGGACUGGGGAAGGAUGAUGCGCGGGGGGAGGCGGCGGUGAAGGCAUGGUGUGAAAGUUUUGGGGAGGGCGUUGUAGUGAUGGAGAUAUGGCAGCUGACUUUGCUCGUGUUUUUCUUUUCUGCGCAUAGGUGUAUAUACAGGGCGUUGGUAGCGUUGCAUUGUCGUGGAUCGACGGCAAGCGCAAGUACUGAGCCACUCGCUGAGGCCGACGGGUCCCGGUUCCGGGUGACUCUACUCGGUACCUUCCAGCUUUCCUUGCGCCCUGCGGCCCGUCGACUCGACUUGGCCCCCGAUCUCGAUCAAGUCGCUCGCUCUACCCUGUGCAGUGCCGCUAGCGCGCUCUAUCGCCGCCCCGCCUCGCCUCAUAUCACAUCGUCCACCUGCCCCAUAUUUCGACUCUGCCCUCGCGCACACGUACAUACGAUGCACAUACUCGCACGACCUCCGCCUAUCUAUUCGAUCGGCGACCUUUGUACAAACAGACUAGCCCCCUUGGGUCCUGCGCUCAGCGCCUCAGCCGUCUAGGAAUGGACGGGACCCCCUUGUCCAUAGUGUACUUCAUGUCCUCCCCAUCCCGUCACGACCCACCCACGCCCAGCAUUCCUAGACCUCACUUCAAACCCAGCACCCCCGCGCGUCGCGGGAUUAUGCAUUCAUUGUACACGCCCCGGAGCCCUCUCUCUGAAGGGCUGUUCUUAGAGUUUCUCGCACCUUGUUGUUUUGGCCCUCUGUUUCCGUCCUCUGUUCUGGAUGUGUACUAUCGCUGACGGCAGCGGCGGCGGCGGCUAACGAGUCGUCGCCAUCUAGCCCGAAGCCUAAUCCCCAGCCGAUCCAAUUCGGUGUCCCUUCAUUUUCCCGCCUGCUCUCGCCUCCUCAGGCGUGUUCUUGCGCGCGCGUCCGCGUCCCUCCUAUCUGUGCUUCCGUUGCGAUCCCGCUCGCAAUGCCCGCGUCGUCGUGUAUGUGACUGUAUGUGUCUAUCUCUGUAAUCUCUGUCUCCCCACCCCCUUUGGCGUGUGUAUCUCGGACUGUGUCUGUAUCUUUGUGUUGGGAUGCUCGCGCUCUUUUCGUGUGGUUAUCUUGUUCUGCAUAUUCUGCAUUUGUAUAUCACACCCCAUUUGUCGCAUCCCAUCGCACCCCACCAUCGCAUUGUGUAACCCCGUAUCAUACUGUCGCAUCCAACUCGCACGCACGCUCGCUACUCGACACUCGUUGCCUUUUCUUUUUUUGCCCUUCUCUCCUUCCACUCUUACCUUUGGUAAAUUGUGGGCCUGGAC